AUGGGUGAAAUUCCGUUACAUAAUCUCCCAUGGAUUUCACAGAAUGGAAAAACUAGAUCAAUUAGGAAUUGGGAAUAUUCCGGAGGUUUUCCAGGAGAGCAGGGUUUCCCAAGAGCGGAUUAUAUUAGGACGGAGAACGGAAGACCGGAGUUUGUCAGAGACGAUAACUGCUCUUGCUUCGUUAUUCUUACCUUCUUGAUUUCCGUAUCUAUGACUCUGGUUUGGGUAGAUUAUGGAUCCACAACUAUGCAACUUGGACCAAAUUCAUCGAUAUUGAUAAAACCUAAUCCUAUAUUUGUGGAGUAUGUAAAGGUGGAGGAAUUAGAUUCAGGUGAUGGGCCAAUGUUAUAUGGAUUUUCCGGAAGUCCACUUCUUGAUGUUGUGACUACCUGGUCUGAGAUUCACAAAACCACUCUCCGUGCCAGUACCCAUAAGGAUUGGAUACAUUUCUUAAACGCGGGAUCUCAAAUAAACAUUUCUUAUAAUGUGAAUCCUCCAAGCUCAUCUUCUCUUGUCCUUGUUGUUGCCCAAGGGAAUGAAGGUCUUGCUCAGUGGAUUGAGGAUCCAUCGUAUCCAAAUACCACCUUAUCAUGGAACAUCAUUCACGGCAAUGGCACAAUCCAGCAUCAUGUGUCUAAGUCUUCUACCUACUUCAUAGCAGUGGGUAACUUGAAUUCUGAAGCAGUAGAGGUGCAUUUGAACUUCAGAAUAAAGGCUUUCCUUUACAAUACCACAGGGUCAUAUUACAAGUGUACUCCUGCUCAUAGUCAAUGUGUUUUCAAUCUGCAUUUCCCCAGUGAAAAUUCUGCUCUUCUUACCUCCCCCAGUAGAAAGUCUGGCAUGGCCAAUGGUGGCUGGCUUGUUAAACUGUCUUACGGACCUAGAUGGAUCAUAUACAUUGGUGGCUUAGGUGGCAUGGCUGUCCUUGUGUUACUCAUGAAUUGCUAUUUGAACCAUUUGCAACGUGGCCGCCAAGAUCAGGGCAGAGAUCGAUUUGGAGCUAUGCAAUCUGAGAGAAAUCCUCUCCUUUUACAAAAAGACAGUGAUCUGUCAAGCUGGGGUUCCUCUUAUGACUCUGUCUCACAGGAAGAUGAGUUUUGCGAAGAAGGAUGCGUGGGGGGUUUAGGGGAGGGGAAGCCAGUUAAAGACGGUGAAUCCAGCAACAAUAUGAUGCGCCUUUGUGCAAUUUGCUAUGAUGCUCCAAGGGACACUUUCUUCCUUCCAUGUGGUCAUUGCGUGGCGUGUUUUGCAUGUGCGACAAGGAUAGCAGAGACUGUGCGUACUUGUCCUAUAUGUCGUAGACACUUCAAGAAGGUGGACCGCAAUGCCAAAGACGAUGACCUGAAAAAAGCCUAUCGAAAACUUGCCAUGAAAUGGCACCCCGACAAAAACCCUAACAACAAGAAAGAUGCCGAAGCCAAGUUCAAACAAAUCUCCGAAGCCUACGACGUAUUGAGUGAUCCACAGAAGAGGGCAGUUUAUGAUCAGUACGGAGAAGAAGGAUUAAAGGGGCAGGUGCCACCGCCUGGUGCGGGUGGAUUUAAUGCCGGGUCUGAUGGAGGGGGCCCGACUAUGUUCCGUUUUAACCCUCGCAGUGCAGAUGACAUAUUUUCUGAGUUUUUCGGGUUCUCGAGCCCGUUUGGAGGAAUGGGGGAUAUGGGAAGCGGGUCACGGGCUGGGGGAUCGGGUUUCCCAAGGAGUAUGUUUGGGGAUGAUAUAUUUGCUUCAUUUAGGAAUGCUGCAGGAGGGGAAGGAGGUUUGGGUGGCAUGCCGCGUAAGGCGGCUGCAAUUGAGAGGAAUUUGCCGUGCAGUUUGGAGGAUUUGUAUAAGGGGACUACAAAGAAGAUGAAGAUUUCGAGGGAUGUUAUGGAUGCAAGUGGGAGGCCCUCCACUAUGGAGGAAAUUCUUACAAUUGAGAUUAAGCCCGGGUGGAAGAAGGGAACAAAAAUAACUUUUCCUGAGAAAGGAAAUGAAAUGCGAGGUUAUAUACCUUCAGACCUAGUUUUCAUCAUUGAUGAGAAGCCUCACAGCAUUUUCAAGAGGGAUGGGAAUGAUCUAAUUGUCACCCAGAAAAUCUCUCUGGUAGAAGCUCUGACGGGAUAUACAGCACAAGUGACUACGCUUGAUGGACGGAAUCUAUCAAUACCUAUCAACUCCAUCGUUAGUCCCACCUAUGAAGAAGUCGUCAAAGGGGAAGGGAUGCCCAUCCCAAAGGAGCCCGGCAAAAAGGGUAAUUUACGAAUCAAGUUCAACAUUAAGUUCCCUAGCAGGCUUACAUCAGAGCAGAAAACGGGCAUUAAGCGAUUGUUAACAUCUUCAUGA